AUGGGCAACGUCAACAGUCGCCAGGGCGAGGGCGACCCUCUGUUCCUGCGCGACCAGAAUCGCUUCUCCAUCGCCGCCAUCACCGUCACCAACGCGCGCGGCCGCCUCCUCUUGAACAUCACCCCGAACGCCUUCCCCGCCACCCGGUACAAUGCGAGGCGGGACUUCGGAGACGACAGCGUCGUGGAAUACGUUCAGGACCCCGAAACCUCUCCCGCUGCGCCGCCCAGCUUCCUGAUCCGCCUGCUGAACGACGAUGAGCUCACCUUCAACUUCACCUUUGUUCUCCGCCAAACCAAGGCUUUCCAGACCGCGAGCAAUCCCGCCAUCCCCGUCAGCACGCUUGCGCCUGUGGACACCGUCAUCAAUGGCCUCACCUUUCUAUUCGCGGGCAGCAGCAAAGAGCUGGAAAACUUGGUGACCAGAGAAUUCCACGCGGACCCCAAUCUGCACAAAAACCCAAAUGUUGAAUUGGUGGGCGAUUAUUCGACAAUGGGCAGCCCGUCCGUUCAAUUUCAAUGGUCCUGGAAGUGGAGGCCUCCGCGCGUUCUGGAGGAUAGAGGCGGCGGCUGGAGGAACGCCUGCAGCUUUGUGGAGUAUGAUCCCCGCGCGCACCGCUUGGAUACACUGGCAACUUUUGCUUUCUGGGUCCAAAACACGCAGAAACCCGCUCCUCUCAGCCCCAAGACACCGUCCCCACUCCUGGAAUUGAGCGUGCCUCCCAGACUCCGCGUUCCUUCUGCUCAGUCAAUUGAAUCUCGUGUCAGCGACUCGGACGGUGCUGAGUACAAGGAGAUCCGCGAACCCGUUUCGCCCGCGAUUGAGGCCAUUCCGGAGCACGCCUUGGGCCUGGUUCCGACGCACAACACAUAUUCGAGCAAUAUUCUCACCCUAACCAACACUAAUAACACCAGCCCCGUCAAAGUCGACCUAUCCUGUCAACGACCGGCCGAGGAUAUCAGUGCUUUGGAUGAUGGACCCGUUUUCCGCGCGAACCUCAAGAAUUUCGAGAAGAACACGUCAGACAUGCGUUCGAAGUGGAAGCGGGUGUUGAAGAAGGCGGAAGCUACAAUGGAUGCCCAGGUCAUCAGUAACAAUGCAGUCGCGGAGCUCAUCGAAGCUUUGAAGGACACGGCGACCCCGAACUCGAACUCGGUGCAACCGGCCAUUGACCAUUAUUUUGACAAAAUCGCGCGCGAAAUCCUGGCCUACGAAAAGCUCAACACCAUCAAUGUCCAAAAACUGAUCAUCGAACCCAUUUCUAAGCUCUACAAUGUCGAUAUCAAACAAGCGGAAUCCAAGAAGAAGGAUUUCGAAGAGGAGAGCAAAGAAUACUAUUCAUACGUCAGCCGUUAUCUCGGACAGAGGCAGGACUCGAUGAAGGAGAAGAGGCGGACAGAGACGGAUACAAAAUACCAGACGAAACGCCGGAAUUUUGAGCUGAAGCGCUUUGAUUAUUCUUCCUACAUCCAGGAUCUGAACGGUGGAAGGAAGAAUCAGGAAGUCCUCUCGUACCUCACAAAGUAUGCGGAUGCACAAGCCAAGGGUUUCAUGGCGACGGCCGACAAAGUCAAGUCGAUGCUCCCGCAGCUCGAGGCACUCACUCAAGAAGUCAAGGAGGCUGACAAGGAGUUCCAACUCCAACGUGCCGAACGUGAGGAGAAGCGAAGAGCUCUUGAGAAGAGUGGAAGUGCCUACAAAGAACCUGAGCCUUCUACAAUGUCAACUCUGGCGCAGGCGAAUGGAAGAGCCGUCCCUCUAGAUGAAGUACGCUCCGACAGCAUAGCACCUGUAUUCAAGAGCACUGUCUCUCCACCUCCGCAAAUAGGAUCUCCGCCCUCGACUGCAGCCAUGCCGGUUACCCCGGGAUUAAACAGCGGACCGUCCUCUGGAUCGCUUCCGGCUACUAGCCCUGGUCAGAACAACAAAUUCAAAGGUAUCCGCGACCUUGAAGACAAAGCAGGUGGAGAUGGCCAAGACGCGCAUCCUCCUCAUAAGGAAGGCUUGCUCUGGGCACUCAGCAGACCUGGAAGCCAUAUCGAUCCAAAGGGCUUGAACAAGCAAGCCUGGCACAAAUUCUGGAUAACGGUCGGCGAGGGCAAACUUUCUGAGUACUCUGACUGGAAGAACAAGAUGAACUUGCACAUGACGCCGAUUGACCUUCGCGUGGCCUCGGUUCGAGAAGCUCGCAACUCCGAAAGACGAUUUUGUUUCGAGGUCAUCACGCCCCAGUUUACGCGCGUCUACCAGACCACGGGCGAAGACGAACUCAGGACCUGGAUCAACGCGAUUAAUAAUGCGCUGCAAACUGCUGUAGAGAACAAGGGCAUUGCCGACCCCGUGCCCACGGAAUCGUUGGACAAGUCAACACGCAGGGACAUCGCCUCGGUCCUUACUGGCAAGAGCACGUCGCUCUCUGGCCACAGGAAUUCUGGAAAUACGAGCAAAGACAAGCCUGUGUCACGUCACGCGACGGUCGGCGACAGGCCUUCGUACCGUAGCCCUGAAGCCGCUGGAGAAGCUAACAAACUCCUCGAGCAGAUCCGCGAAGCUGACGCCGGGAACAAGUAUUGCGCAGACUGCGGAUCAGAGAGCAAGGUCGACUGGGUGUCGAUCAACCUCGGAAUCGUGGUUUGCAUCGAAUGCAGCGGAAUCCAUCGUUCUUUAGGAACUCAUAUCUCAAAGGUCCGCUCACUCACGUUGGACGUUCAUUCAUUCACGACAGAUAUUAUCGAAUUGCUCUUCAAGAUCGGCAACCGCGUCAGCAAUAUGAUUUGGGAGGCCAAGCUUGAGGGGACUCUGAAGCCUGGACCUACGUCUACUCGAGAGCAGCGCCUGAAGUUCAUCAACCAGAAAUAUGCGGAGCGAGCCUUUGUUCAGCCGAUUUCCGCAACACUCUCACACUAUGCAACGCCAGAGGAGACGCUUCUUGCGUCUGUCAAGAAGAACGAUAUCCAGAACGUGCUAUAUGCCCUUGCGCUGAAGGCGAGCCCCAACGCGACAGACAAGUCCCGCAGCACCCCGGCUGUUUACCUUGCGCUCUCGGCCGCGGAUCCGGCGUCUCCUGCAGACACUGCCUCACCCGCUAGCUCACCCGGUCAACCUCCUCAAGGUGCCCCUACCGCGGGUCGGAAAUCCUUCCCGGUGGCAGAGUUGUUGAUGCAGAACGGAGCUGACAUACCAAACACGCCAUCGCCCUUCCCGUUGAGCAUAUCGGCACGAUUGUACCUGGAGCAGAAGCAAGACCAGCGUGACGGAAGACGCCCCGGGGCGAGCAGCACUCAAAAUGGUAAUAAUGCUUCCAACAGCAGUGGUGGCGACACCAUAACCGCUCUGCCAACUAUCAUGGCAGGCAAUGGAAGCUCACCAGGUGAGCGUACCAAAGAAAGAGAUGCCAAGUUGCAGAAGCGUGUGUCAGCGGGCGGAAGGCUGAUGAAGUCCGAUGAAUCAUAUAGUUCGCGGCGGAUGUUCUGA